AUGUCUGCCAACGCUGUCGAGCAAGGCGGCCGCCGCCACGCAGACGAACGGCAAGGAGUCUUCGGUACAGACGCUGCCGGCGAUGCUAGUAACGCCGCCGCCGCCGCCACGGUGCAAGAAACGCACUUUGCCGCCACCGAGCACGGCGAUGCGGUCGCAGACCACAAUGAACGGCUGCGAGCGUCGUCACCCUCGACCUCAUCCUCGACGCAGGCCUCCGCGACCAUCAGCAACGACAGCCAGCCUGGCCAGGCCGGAAGUCGACAUGGCAAGAAGUUGAGCUACGGGAGCAUCACCAACGGCUUCCCUCGCUCCGCACCUUCCUUCUCGCCGCCAUCUUCCGGCGUCCACCCCUCGGCUCCUCCGCCGCCCGGCCCGGCGGCGGGCGCGGGCAAGACGAGGGUGCUUGCGCCGGACCUGCUGAGGGGGUUGCUCAUGGUGCUUCAGUCCAUCGACCACUCGGCGAUGCAGAUGGGCGUCUGGCAGCACGGCGUGGGCAAAGUCACAGAGGGCGAUGGUACCGUCGUCCACGAGUGGAACCCGGGCCGCGCCUGGAUCGCACGUACCCUCACGCACCUCUGCGCACCCGGGUUCAUGUUCCUGCUCGGCAUGGGCACCGUCUACUUUACCAGAUCCCGCACCAACCUCGGCUGGUCGCCGUCUAGGCUGCUGCGCCACUACUUCAUCCGGAUGGUGGCGCUCCUGCUCGUCGAAGAGGUGCUGGGCUUCAUCCUGAUGUGGAACCGGGCGACAAAGGUGCUCAUCCUCAACAUUGUCCUGCUAGCUUUGGCGGUCAACUACUUCCUCAGCGGGCUCCUCUGCCUCUUCUUCCGCUACACUGAGCCCCGACUGGCGCGGCUCCUCGCCCCGCUCUUUGGCCACGCCGGUGCUGAUGCCGCUCGCGAGUCGGACGACGAGACGCAAGGUGGCGAGCGCAGCCGCCUCAUUGCCCCAUCGUCGACGACGCCAACGACGACGACGGCGGGCGAGGAGUCGUCGCCGAGCUGCGCCAAUCUCUCCAGGGCCACCUCGCUAUCCUGGCAUAUCCACAACCUCAUCCUCCUCGUCCUCUCGCUGCUCAGCAUCUUUGGCAACGUCCUCCUCUCGCCGCAUGCGGGGCGCUGCGCUUCCGCUUCGGACUCGACCUCGACCUCGUCCGGGCCCCUUUCGUCGAGCGCCUUGGUCGACUUCGUCACCGCAGCCGCAGCCGAUGCGCCUGCGACGCCGCCGUCGUCGGGCCACGGCGCGCUGUUCGACUUCCUCUUCUUCCCCGUCAUCAACCAGUACAUUGUCUCGCCCUUUCCGCCGCUGGCCUGGACGAGCUUCGCCGUGUUUGGCAUCCUCUACGCCCGCAUCGUCCUCGCGCGAAAGUGGAGCCCGAACGCAGUCGUCUGCGGCAACCUCGCCACCGCCGUGGUCCUCGCGAUCCUCUUUGUCUGCACCCGCCUGCUGCACUUCGGCAAUCUCUCCGAAGACUGCCUGCGUAUGCCCGAGCACCUCGCCCACCCGGGUAGGAACCAGUACCUCGCCUCGUUCCGCAGCUUCUUCUACAUCGUCAAGUAUCCGCCGAGCGUGGCCUACUUUAGCAUGACCAUGUCCCUCAACUUCUUCCUCCUCGCCUUCUUUGGCGCCAUCCCGGCAAACUGGGCCGUCAAGAUCCCCGGCCUGAUGAACUUUGGAUCGUCGGCCCUCUUCUUCUACGCGACGCACUUUGUCGUCUACAAACUGCUCUCGAUCCCGGCCUACCGCCUCUUUGCCCAUCGCCUACCCGACAACGACCCCAACACGGGCCAACCCACCUACGGCCUGGGCGAUACCGCGGCCUACUGGUUGUUUUGGCUGCUCGGUCUCUUCAUCCUCUCUCCCCUCUGCCGCGUCUAUGGCAGGUUCAAGAGCCGCCAGCCUGCCGAUUCCAUCUGGCGCUUCUUUUAG